AUGAUCGCCGUCGCGCCCAAUACGGAAAAUGUUCCAGACCUAUAUUCACAGAAACCCUCCCAAAAUGGAGCCGGUCACCCCGAUCAGACUGAGAAAAACGAGCAGUCUUCUAUUAGCAUAAACGAUGCGAAGUUGGGGCAAUUUUUGGCGACUGACAACUCCAAUGCCACGAUGGCUGCCCUAGGUAUCGCCGAUCCCUUAGUUACCGCAAACGGCAGAGCCUCUACGAAACACGAUGAAAAUGGCCUCCACAUGGAGAAUCCAUGUUUUUCUGAUUCUACCAUUCAUUCUACCGAUCGCAAAAUGGCCGUUGACAUUUUAAAGAUUAUUGAAAGUUAUGGGGUCGACUACGAAAAGACUGGCGGUUCGUGGAAGGGGCUGGAGUCAUUCGUCCCCGUUGUUAUGGAGCAGGUUAAGAAACAGGAACCGAUCCGCAUGAUUUUGCCCGCCUUUCCUUUCAAGUCUCCAAAUGCGCGAGACAAGGUUCUGGGGACAAUGCCUGACUUUGGUGAAGAAUUGGCGCUGUCACAUCUCAACGGUCUUUGCGACAGCAUCGGCAAAGUUUACGAGCCUGGUGCUGAUGUAUACAUCAGUUCUGACGGUCUUGUCUAUAACGAUAUUCUUGGUGUGCCCGACGAAACCGUCUGGGACUACGGAGAGACCCUGCGGCAAAUGGCCGUAGAGAAGGGCCUCCAUCAUGUGAAAUUUAUUCGCCUCUUCGAGCUUCUCGAGCAUCCUUGGUUUAAAUCAGAGACCCCUGAAGCUGCAAAAGCGUAUUAUUUGGCCCAUGCAAGCUGCCUCCGUCGCGAACUAAUGUUCGUCUUUGGCGAUCCAUCAUUUGACCCCGAUGAGGCCAUCAAAACUGACAACGAUACAUGUCUGACAUAUCGCGGGUACAUCAAAUUUUUGACAAAAGAUCUGGCGCAUCAGGACUCUACAAUCAAUCUUUCGAAGCGUGCUCGACAGGCCCAGGUUUCCCAGAUUGCGCGCCAGAUGAUCGUUCGCGGUAAGAUGUUCGCCGCGGCUAUCAAAGCAAACCGGAAGGACUAUGUUCGAUUGUCCAUUCACGAAUCUGCAGGAGAGCGCAAGCUAUCUGUAUCUUUGAUUCCGCAGCUCCGUGGAUCCCUUGGAUAUACACCUUGGCAUGCAUCGGUAGCAAUUGGACUGGACGGAUCAUAUCGAACCGUGCAUGCCGAGGAUGUCCGCGACACACACGACCUUGUUUAUAAAAAUGGUCAGCCCUAUUACUUCCGAGAGAAGUCUGACAUAUUCAACUGGGCCGAAGAUGGCGUUGCCGUCAAAUUUGAGCAUUUAUACCCGAGUGGACUGAUCAUACGACCGGCCGAUAUUGACAACGUUAAUCCAACUCCGUCUAUCAGCGCCCUUCCCAUGAGCAAAGUCCGUAAACUAUCCAACAUCAUGUCACCGGUAGUUCUCCGCGGGUUUGCAGAGACUCUUGAGGAAGACCUAUAUUUGAAGGCGGCUUCAGAGCUCGGAACCAUACUCCCAUGGAGCUUUGGUGUCAUCCAGAAGGUGCGUGAUGCCGGUCGCGCAGACAAGUUGGGUAACAAUGUUACUUCAAAUGAGGCCAUGCCCAUGCACUUUGAUGGCAUGUUUAAAUUCGAAGAAAUUGAUGACCCAGUUACUGGAGAGAAAAAGAAAGUCCAGAGACCACCUGGCUAUCAGUUUUUCACCUGUCCCGCCACUGCACCAAAAGGAAGUGGGUACACGCUCUUCGCAAGUUCGCGACUUUUCUUCAGGUACCUACCGCUUCCAUGGACCUCGGAACGUCUCCAGGGAAUUACUUGGGCCAUGGAUAAUGAUGGUUUCUGGGAUGCGAAAUUAAAAAAUCUACCGUUGACGGUAACGCACCCGGUUUCCGGUCUACCUUGUCUGCGCUGGCACCAGCCGUGGGAUUCGACCAAGACCAAAUUUUCGACAUGCGAUGUGACAAUCGAGAAUGACCAUCCAAGCUUGGUAAAUAUCAUUGAUCGAGUCUUAUAUGAUCCCCGAGUGUGCCUCUACUUGGAGUGGGAGAAGGGUGAUCUAUUGAUCAGCGAUAACACCGCCAUGCUCCAUACCCGAACUGGUUAUAAAACUGACUGUGACCGUGAGCUAUGGCGCAUUCAUUUUGAUUAG